AUGCCAAGCCAGAUCUUGACAGAACGACAACAAUUGGAGCUAAACAAAGCCAUUUUGCAGUACUUGCAACCAGUUUGCUCAACUUCGGAGUCAAAUGAGCAACUUUUCCGCCAGUUAUCUGAACUACUCGUACCGACCAGCAAUGAUUCGCACAGUGAUGGGAUAGUGGAUCAGUACCUAGAAAAGAAGUGGUCAACCGUGUUGCGGCUACAGAGAAAGAUCAUUGAUCUAGAGAAUGAGAUAACCAAUUUACGAAGUGUAGUUGAUAUUGCUCCCGUCAAGAUCAGCAAGGACCGCAUCAAUUGGAUACCCAUGUCAGCUAUUCAAAGUUUUGAAACGCCGAAUGUUGUGAAUAGUGUCAGGCUACAUCCUGUUCUCCCAUUAGUAUAUGCUGGAUGUAAUGAUGGUUCAAUACAUGUUUGGAACUUUGCCUCAGAUGACAACUCUCUACCGGAGAAAAUAAUGAAAGCCCACACUAGAGGUGUCAAUAAACUAGCCUUCUCACGGAACAAGAUUGAUUUGAAUAAGGGCGACGAACCACAGUACAUAUUAGCAUCAUGCUCGUCUGAUCUCACCAUUAAACUAUAUAAUGCCACAACUCAUCAGCAUGUGAAGACUUUACGCGGCCAUGACCACACAGUAUCUUCAAUUGUAUUUUCAAGUCACAAUCUAUUAUACAGCGUUUCAAGAGAUAAAACUGUCAAGGUGUGGAACGUUGUAGAUGGUACCUGUAUCAAGAGCUUUGUUGGACAUAGCGAGUGGGUGAGAGAUUUGGAUGUGUGUUCUGGCGAAUUUGGUGACUUUGUACUAACGUGUUCCAAUGAUCAAAGUGCUAGGUUGAGUCAUGGGCAGUUCGGCACGGGUAUUUCAUUGCUAGUUGGCCAUUCACACGUAAUUGAAGCGGUAAAGUUUCUACCCAAGCUAUCAAACACUGUUAUUGACUCUUUUGUCACAUCAAAUUCUGAGUUGUUUCCCUCACUACCGAUAGAAUUAGUCAAGAAUGAUGUUUAUGAAAAGUUGGGGUUCAAAUACUGUGUCACUGCAAGUCGAGACAACACAGUAAAACUCUGGUUAUUGCCACCACCAACACAGGUCCCGGGACGUCCUCCUAUGCCAUCCAAAUAUAACCAAGCACAGGGUUGGCUUAUUGCCAAUUUACAAGGACAUCUGUCGUGGGUUAAAUCUUUGCAGGUCCAUCCCAAUGGAAGGUACUUACUUAGUGGAUCUGACGAUAAGACGAUAAAGGUGUGGGAUUUGAAUGGGUUGAAUAUAGAUGGCUCGGUAGGUGUCAUAAGAACGCUAUCUAGACACCAAGGGUUUGUUAAUGACAUUGACUUUGCUCGACUUGCAAAACGCAAUGAGGAUGCCAAGGAUGGCAGCGAAGAUGUAUUGAAAGAUGUAGAGGCUAGGAUGCGCUGUGUACUUGCUAGUGGUGGCACUGACAAUGUCGUCAAAAUUUGGAAGUAA